AUGCACAUGACCGCGGCGCGGAAUGCAGCCACCAAGCUCACCAUGCCAGCCAUGUCACCAACAAUGACCGAGGGAGGGAUUGCGUCGUGGAAGAAAAAGGAGGGCGAGGCCUUCGCCUCCGGUGACGUUCUACUCGAGAUCGAAACAGACAAGGCAACCAUUGAUGUGGAGGCGCAAGACGAUGGUGUUCUUGGGAAGAUCUUGGCACCAGACGGCACCAAGAACAUCCUUGUAGGCAAGACCAUUGCGAUCCUCGCUGAAGAGGGCGACGACCUCUCGAGCCUUGAAAUUCCCGCAGACGAGCCUGCACCACAAGCUUCGACUCCGGCCCCCCAACCUUCCAUCUCUGCUUCUUCGGGUGCCCAAGCAAAGCAGGCUCCAACUCCGCCCUCCCACUCACACGUCGAAGUCCCGAAGACCGACCGCCCGCUCUUCCCGUCCGUGCUGCGCCUGAUACAAGAGCACGGAAUUGCGCAAGCCGAGUUCGACAAAAUCAAGGGCACGGGCGUGCGCGGGAUGCUCACCAAAGGAGACGUGCUGGCACAUCUCGGGCUGGCCUCUACUCCCACAGGCACCUUCCGCGAGACCACGGUCCCGGACGUCAAGACGGCCGCGAAGUCAAGCCCGAAGGCUGCUCCUCCUCCACUGGACGGCGCGGCCUUGCGUAGACUUAUCGUGGGCAACAUGCUGGAGGCGUCGGUGAAGGCUCGUGCAACCGCUGCCCCCUCGCCUCCGGCAGAUUUCGACUCCGUCAUCGCGGACUACCUGCCAGAGCUCAAGCCUCGUCCGUCCUUCCCUUCGCUUGAGACGGCGACCACCAAGCCUAAAAGCGCAGACUUCCUGGACGGUUUGAUUUAG